AUGCCCCCGAAGGAGUCAUUGGCAUUACCGCCCAGACGGAAGUAUGAAAUCGUCGAACGCCUCCAGACUGUACCAGACGGAUGGAUCCGGGGUUCACCACCGUCCCCAUCCACGCUGAUGCAAUUUCGCCUCGCUAUUCGCCAGGAACGGGCUGCUGAGUUCGAGCAAUUAGCGAUCAAUAUUGCGACUCCUGGUCAUGAAAUGUACGGAAAGCAUAUGAAGCGCGAUGAGAUCAAAGCCUUCCUACGGCCUUCAUCGGAAAUCUCCGAGAUAAUCCUGUCCUGGCUCAAGUCGGAAGGAGUGUCUGAGGACCUGAUUGAGGAUAAUGGCGAUUGGAUCAAGUUCAUCGUCCCCGUGAAGCAGGCAGAGCGAAUGUUGGAUACCCGUUUCUAUUACUUCCGUGACACGAUCACCGGGAUGUACAAGAUUCGCACCCUGGAGUACUCAGUACCACGAGCGAUCCGUCCAUUUAUUCACCUCAUUCAGCCGACGACACGUUUUGGGCAAGUCAGGCCGCAGAAAAGCUUCGUAUUUGAUCUCAAGAAAGCUCUGGAUGCGGGAAAUGUGGAAACGGACUGCAAUUCAAUUGUCACUCCCGACUGUCUGCGGAAGUUGUAUAAGCUAAGAGACUUUGUGGCCAGUCCGGAUUCGCGCAACAAGCUAGGUAUUUCCGGCUACCUCGACCAAUAUGCCCGCUAUGAUUAUCUAGAGGAGUUUUUGCAAACGUACGCCCCGAACAGGGUCAACGCCAACUUCACGGUACAAUCCAUCAACGGCGGGCUUAACGAGCAGAAUUCCACCGCGGAUAGCAUUGAAGCUAGCCUGGAUAUCCAGUACGGAAUCGCAUUGUCCUACGAAACUCCUACUGUAUAUUACACUACAGGGGGGCGUGGCCCUCUGGUCCCAGACUUGAGCGAGCCAAACAUCGCUGCUUCGUCCAACGAGCCCUACCUCGAGCAGCUGCACUAUCUCCUGGGUCUUCCCGACGAGGAACUACCUUCCGUACUGUCCACGUCCUACGGCGAGAACGAACAAACCGUUCCUGAGUCUUAUUCUAAUGCAACUUGCAGUCUGUUUGCCCAGCUGGGGGUGCGAGGCGUCUCAGUGAUCUUCAGCAGUGGUGAUGAAGGAGUCGGUGGUUCUUGUUUGACAAAUGAUGGAACAAACACCACGAGAUUCAACCCUGUCUUUCCAGCCUCGUGUCCCUUUGUCACGUCUGUGGGUGGUACCUAUCAGAUCAAUCCCGAAAAAGCUGUUCACUUCUCUUCUGGCGGGUUUUCGGAACGAUUUCCUCGUCCAUCAUAUCAAGAAAAAGCAGUGAGCGCCUAUCUGUCCAAGCUGGGAGAUCAAUGGGAGGGCCUCUACAAUCCAUCGGGACGAGGGUUCCCUGAUGUUGCUGCUCAAGCUCUGAAUUACGCCGUCGUCGACCAUGGGGGUUUCAGCAGAGUGAGUGGAACUAGUGCAUCUGCUCCUACUUUUGCCGCCAUCAUUGCCAAUUUGAAUUCGGUCCGCUUAGCUGCUAACAAGUCCACUCUGGGAUUUUUGAAUCCCUGGAUCUAUGGACUCGAUGGACAAGGGUUCACCGAUAUCGUCGACGGCGGCUCGACUGGCUGUGCUGGAAUCGACCCCCUAUCUGGCCUGCGAACUGCUUAUGUGCCGUACGCAAGCUGGAAUGCUACGCCUGGUUGGGACCCGGUGACUGGACUCGGAACGCCUCUCUUUGAUGUAUUGUCUGCUCUCGCGACGAAGGCGUGA